UCGUGCCGCCGUGUGCUUUUUCUUCCUUAAAAUGCUUGGAAAACGAGCAACAUGGUGAGAAAAUGUUGUUCCUGGAGCUUAUUUCCGUGUGCGUAGCGGUGGUCCCGACCGACAUACGUGGGCUGUCACAGUCUGUCAAAAGUGUUACACAGAGCCAAAAAAUAACCAUUUUAUCCUUGACCUAGCUGUUUUUGAGCUAGUUGUUUUGUCACAUUAGCUUUGUGUGUGGUGUGUUGCGUGAAGAAAUUUUAUUUGUGGCUUUGAUUGGGUCGUAGUAGCUAUAACGUGAAGUCCGCUAUAGCUUUCGUGCUACGGCUACAUCUGCUUGAAAGACUACAGGAAGUGGCCUAUCGCAUUUCCCUCCAAUGGGAAAAGGGCCAAUCUAUUUCUGAGUAGCGGAGGGGUUGCUAGCUACUGAUAAACCUGGUGUCCGUUUACGCUCGUCAAGUAUCCCGGUCUAUUUUGGGGUUUGGGUUGAGCACUUUUCAUAAAUAAAAUUUCCUCUGCUCCACUGAAUGGUGGAAUUGUUGUUAAAAUAUUAAGUAGCCCAAAUCAAUAUCAGUCAACAGUAUUACCUCCGCCAUGCUUGCUUUUGUUUUGGUUACGUCUGAACCGCUGUUCUCUAGUGGAUGUGUAUACCCACUGUCACUCUUAUGAUUUGAGUUUUAAAGCGCCGUAAACAUGCUUUCCAAAAGCUGGAACAAUUUAGUUUACAUUCCUCCAUUUUAAAAAAUUAAGUAAUGUAUUGCCUGGCUGACUGAUUGGUAAUGCAAUGGUGAGUCUUAAAAACAACGUCGAUCUGUUAUGGUCAAAACAGAUCAAAAGUAACUGGAACAGACAGUUGAAGGUGCUUACUCAGCAACUGUCCAAUGCAAAACAAAUGUUAAGUCUCUUGCAAAUGACUGCGUUUGAUUGAGUGGGACACACAUUUGGAACGGUUCAGAGUGAUUCCUACUUCUGAAGGUCAGGGUGGCUCUAGAGAUGUAUAUUAUUUGAUUUAUUCUAUGCCUUUUCACUUUCCAUAAAUGGUAAAUUUUUUAGUUUAAAUUUACAAAAUGUAUGCAAAAUAAACCCCUAUUUUUCUUUAUCCCACCUACAUUUUUAUAUCAUUAUAAAAGUACAGCUUAAUUUUGAAUUCUAUUGUGUUUUAAACUCCCAUAUCAGUGGAAAUAAACACUGGUAAUAUCAUUGAAUUUUAAUUCCCCAAAACCUUUUAAUAUGUGAAAAGCAUACUCAUUUUCUGCCGACUCAAAUUUUAUUUAUUCUGUAGUCUUUAAAUGUGUUUUUUUUCUUUUAAACUAUGCUCUUAAUUUACAUAAAUGUGUACUGUACUGUACUGGUAUAAAAAAAAAUCACAAAAUGUGUUUGUGCAAAACAAAACAGUUUACAAUUAUUUUAUUACCACAUAAAUUGACAUCAUUUGUAUUGCAUUUUUAUCAUUUGUUUAAAUUUGAAGUCUACUAUCCCCUAUCAUGAAUUUGUAAUACAAUAUGUGUCAAAAUUAUUUGACUAUGCAAAAAAACAUGCUUUUUGUCUUCUAGCUAAUUAAAAAAAAUGAUUUUAUUUGAUCAUGUUUUGAACUCCACUUUCACUUGACAUAAAUGGUAAUACUAGUAAUGUUAAAUGUAUUUAAAAAAUAAUAAUUUAUGCAGAAAAAACAUACUUUGCUUCGUAUUUUAUGCCACCUGAAAUUACUAUAUUUCAAACGUACAUUACAUGUACGAUCAUAGGAUACAACUAUACAUUUCCUUUAUUCUUUUCAAAUUUAAUCAGCUUUCUAUUUUCUGGGCGUUGACAAUUACAGUUCCUUUUGAAUCAUGACUGAACGAUGGGCCAUUGUUGUUGUUGUUGUUGUUGUUGUUGUCGUCGUCGUCGUCAAAAGCAUGAUUAGGGAGUGCGAAUUGUGCUUUUCACUGAGUGAUCACUGAUGGAUGCUUUUUGGGUCGGAGUGAAGCAGGCUGCCCACUAAGCGGCGUCGUCUUCACAUGACCCAGCUCCACCAGCACCUACGUCAUCUUGGCAGUUUGUCAAAGAAUAAGCAGAGCGAAGGAGAAAAAAAAAAAAAAAAAAAGAAUCCAUUCCCUGGUUGUCGCUUUCCUCCGUGUCUUUUUCUUCUCGGCCCACCCCCGGUGUUCGCGUGUCUUAUUCCCCGGCGGAGAGUGUGCGAACAGGGCGUCUGUUCAACGCUUCCGAGACGCAAAUGCCCGGUCCCACCCAAGCCCUUUCCCCGAAUGGAGAGAAUAACAACGACAUCGGCCCGGACGGCACCAACAUUAUUCCGUACAGGAAGAAUACCGUGCGAGGGGAGCGCGCCUACAGCUGGGGGAUGGCGGUCAACGUGUAUUCUACCUCAAUAACCCAGGAGACAAUGAGCAGGCAUGACAUCACGGCCUGGGUUAACGACAUCCUCUGUCUGAACUACACCAAGGUGGAGCAGCUCUCUUCAGGAGCAGCCUACUGCCAGUUCAUGGAUCUUCUUUUUCCGGGCUGCAUCAGUCUUAAAAAGGUCAAGUUUCAAGCCAAACUGGAACACGAGUACAUUCACAACUUCAAGCUGCUGCAAGCGUCUUUCAAAAGAAUGAAAGUGGACAAGAUUAUCCCGGUGGAGAAAUUGGUCAAAGGCCGAUUUCAAGAUAAUCUUGAUUUCAUCCAGUGGUUCAAGAAGUUCUUUGAUGCCAACUACGACGGCAAAGAGUACGACCCGGUGGAUGCUAGACAGGGUCAGGAUGCCAUUCCCCCGCCAGACCCCGGCGAGCAGAUCUUCAACCUGCCCAAAAAGUCCCACCACGCAGCUAGCUCCCCGACCGCAGGAGCAUCAAGGUCAAGCGCCACAACCCCAAAAUCAGCGACACCAACAUCCCGACCCUCCUCAGCCAAAAAGAUCCCUACGGCAUCAACCCCCGCCAAAGGGGAGAAAGAGCUGGAGGCGCAGGUCACACAGCUUACUGACCAGGUGAACACAUUAAAAGUGGCCCUGGAAGGCGUGGAGAAGGAGCGGGACCACUACUUCAGCAAACUGCGAGAGGUGGAGCUCCUUUGUCAAGAACAGGGUGAAAACAACGCUCCUUUCGUCGAGCGGCUAAUGGAAGUCCUCUAUGCUAUCGAUGAUCAGGAGAGAGCUGAGGAGCUGGCUGAGGGAGACGGCCCUGAUGUGGACCAAGAAGGCCACGAGGAGGCGCUGGAUGAUCAGCAGGAGGAGGAACAGGACGAAUACUGACUGAAAAACACUCUUUCUUCUAUUUAAUGUGAGAACUCUUCCUCUCAUGGUUUUUUGUUCUCUCAAAGACUGAGCAGAUUGAAGCCACCUCCCGAGUAGACACCAUCACCUUGUUACAUUUUUUUUUUAUAUAUAUAAAAGUAUCCCUCCGCUCACUGUUCAAUGUUUUUGUGACUUUUGCUGUGGUCACAAAGUGGAGCUCAGACCAUCACAAGGACUAUCAAAUGUUUCACUCAAUGAAAUGCUGAAGUUGUUGCUGUUAGCUUUCCAAUUUUGAUUUAGGUUGUUUUGAUGUCCACAAUUUGAACCACAAGAUAUUGCAAUAAGCAAAAAGCCCAGAAAGGGCUCGUAGUAGCUCUUAUUUACCCUUCCUUCCUUCCAGCACGUGUUGUUGCACUGACAUUUUGAGUGUAUUGGACAAUCUGUCCAGAGACCCUCGCCAUAUUUAUUCUCAUUCUCGAGCCUUAGACAUAGUAGAUUAUGUGUUCUGGGUCCGUGUGAAGACGGACACUGCAGGCAUGAAUUGUGACUACAACACUAUUGUAUGACUAAACUAGGACAUGUUUGAAGCAUUGUCACGCCACGCCACAACGGUUUCAUUGAUAAUAUGCCAUAACUGUUAGGAAAGAAGAUGCAUAUUUUCGGGGGCAUAGUCGUCCUUUACAAUGCAACAUUUUUUAAGUUUUCAAACCUCAGCUUGUGAUGAUUCUUAGCGGUUAAUUUCUGGUGUAAAUGGUCAGUCCACUGAGUGUUUUGUUAUGCUAUAUAUUCCAGUAAGUACAUUGUAUACCCUUUCUUAAUAUUGCAUUAUUACUAACAGACAGCUGGGCAGCGCACCAUAACGCUUUAGUCAUGUUAUAUAUUAUUGUGUAAAUGAAAAGGAAUGUAAACCAUGUUUGCUGUCAAUAAUUAAUGAAUGGUAAAUGUUACAUUUUUUUCUUCCAUGUCCCACUCAUGAUACAUUCCCUAGAUAUUUUUUUGUUUUUUGCAUGUUUGCAUUUUAUUUGUGAAUAACUUGACAUUUUUACAUAUUUAAUAAGAAAAGCGAGUAUGUUAAGUGAGCUUCUUUUGUAUGUUUAAUCUGCUAUUUGAAAGUUGAGAUUCGGAUGGAUUUGCUGUAAUAAAAUGUUUGAGUCCA